AUGGCGAUGAUGCGGACCAGGACCAAAAGCCGAGGUAUGUGCCUCUGCCUUCUCGGGAUUGCAUUGGCGCUGCUCGUGCAGCCGAGCACGGACUUUGCUCGAGGAGUUCCUGGGCUGAAGGAGCAUGCAAAACGGCAUGCCGGAGUCGCUCGGCGCGCCGGGGCUGCGCAAGAGGACAACAGUGGCCAGGACCGGCUCGAUCUCGAGGAGGUGGUCGCAGAAGCCAAACGGGUUGUGGACAACGGCACGCUGAAAGACAUGCAAGUGGUCAUGCGAAGAGUGCAGCUGGUAGAUCCAGCAGGGAAGUGGAAGGUUUGGGUUAAUGAGCCCGAAUUGGAGAAGCAGCUACGGAAGUUUGUGGCAGAGGCCAAAGCAGCCAAAACGGCAUUGGAGGAGGACCUGCUCCUGGUGCGACAGCAGCGGAAGACGGGCCAGCGGCAGGUUGAGAGCGCCCAGCGGCAGGUUGAGAGCGCCCAGGAGCAGGAAGCGAUGGCGGUGAGGCGUCUCGCUCGAGCUGCCACCGUCUUGGAGACGGCGGAGGACUCGGGCAAUGCGACAAAGGUGCAGGAGGCCAAGGAGGAGGUGGAGAAGGCGGAGAGGAAGGUGGAGAGGGCGAAGAAGGAGGUCCAGGAGGCGGAGAGGAAGGUGGAGAAGGCGGAGAGGAAGGUGGAGAGGGCGAAGAAGGAGGUGCAGGCGGCAAAGGCAAGCGGCCGGACGAAGGAGUCCGAGGCACGGAGCAGUUGGUGCGAGAAGUUGCUCGCGAAGAAGUUGAAGUUUGGAGCAGCCGACCAACUGCUUGCAACAGUUGGGGCCACAUGGGACUAUUGUGGGAAGGAGGAGCUCCGUGAGCGCAUGCAGAUCCCCAUCCAGAAGCUGCACGAGCAAAAGGGGAAGAACAGUGACAAACAGCUUCAUCCUUUGUUCAUUGCAUUUGCAGGCCCAGGGCAAGGCAAGUCCCGGUUGCUGACAGAGUUCCCGGGCCUGGUCGAGCAGUGCUUGCAGAAUGUGUCUGAAAGGCAGAAACUGAAAUUCAGCAAGCAAACGAGGAGCUUCAUGAUCAGCUGCGAGAACGGCCUCUCUCCCGGGGACUGGGCCACGGAGGAGCUCAAUGCCCGACGCUUUGUGGCAUGCCGCAUGCUGUGGCAGCUGAGGAAUGCAAACAAGGAGGCUUUUCGGGAGGUCGGCGCUCCAACAGACUUUGCCGAAUUCCGCAUCCAAUGCCCUGCCGACCUCACACCCUCGCCUGUGCUUAAGUCUGUGCUGCGUGAUGAGCUCAAUCAUAGCACGGUGGUGAUCGGAGUCGACGGGAUGCAAGGUCUGCCUGGAUUUACCGAGCACAGUGAUGCUGCGGGCAAGGACCUGCCAUUCUAUCAGGUGAUGCAGGAGGUCUGCCGCCUCAUCAACCAAAUCGAAGGUCCCUUUGUCGUAGCUUGUGUGGCCGCUUUGCAAAAUGUCAGGCCCGAGUUUUUCUGGAGCUGCCACGCGUGA